AUGACUGACUUAAAAUCCUCGAAAAGCCGGCUCAGUCGUUGUCGCUCAGUUCGGCCGAAUCGCGCCGUCAAAGGUUCCUUCCGCAAAAUCUCCAACAUUACGGGCCCAACGCGAACUCGCUCCGUGGACGAGGGCCUGGCCACGAACCUGGCCCAAGAGCCUAUCAAGGUGACGGUCAUCGAUUUGGACGAUGAAAUGCCACCAGUGUUCGCCAGAGAUUAUGAUAAGGACGAGGAUGAGAAGGAGAACCCUUUCAAAGGCAUGGACUUGGCCAUGUUGUUGCAGCUGAGCGAUGAGGAACUUAUUGAAGUGCGGGGGUGUUUUUUGUUUUUUUGGGGGGGGGGGUAGUUUUUUAUGUCUUCGUGUAAGUUGGAUGCGUAACGUGGGCAAAUCACGUACAAAUUGGGCGGGGUAAAAUUUUUUUUUUAAUUUGGGGUUGGAUUAACUUUCUUUUUUACUUUUUGAAAAGAUACAAUUUUUAAAAAAAUCUUUUGAAUUACCAGUAAUCCUAAACAGAAAUAGAGCAAAAUUACUCGCUUUAGCCGGCUGUUUACUUUAAAGUGCCUGAGGGGUUGUUUGUACUUCCGGGAACGGCAUUAAAUGUUUAAUUUUGAAAUGUGGGGACAAUGCAUUGUCCUCAAGUAAAAUGACAAAGUAAUGUGUGUGGUAUGUGUGGGAUUAAAAACUGAAAUAAAAAUUGUUUGAAACAGUGAAAUUAGUUUUUGAAGGAAAAAUGGCAUUACUAUAUAUGGCUUUUUAGGUAAAGUUUUUAGAGAUGAUGUUUUGUAUUGUAAUUUCCAUUUAAAAAUUUUGAUUUUACAAAACUUCAAUGUAAAAAAGUAUAUUUUAAAAUGGUAGAUUUUUGAAUUUUGCCCAAUUUUUAGAAAAUAAUCAAAGUAAUGGCAGUGUGCAUUACAGAAAACAUGUUUUUUACUCUAUAAAUCUUUACAGAGUAGAGUAAAUUUUUAAAUUUUAGUAUAUUUACGCAAAACAUCUUGAGAAAACAUAGUAGAUUUACAGUAUGCACAUGUACUACAUAAGCAGCUUUAAAUUUGGUUUUAAUACUAGAUAUUAACGUAUCAAAAAGGUUUUGUUGUCAGUUUGCAUUACUUUUUAAGUGAAAAAGCGAUAAGAUUUUAUUUAGUAGGAUAGGAUGGGGAAAGUUACGGUAGAGUAGGAUAAGGUAGAGUAGGAAAAUGGUAGGGAGAACUAGUGUAAGCCAGUGUAGCGCAGGGCAGCUAUUGUAUGUCAGCGUAGGGCAAGGCAAUUUAGAAAUUUCAUUUUUGCUUACGAUUUGUGAGUUAAAAUUUUCAAAAAUUGAAUUUUGUCGGAUAAUGUUACAAUGAGUUGUCACUCAUGGUAACACUUGAUUGUUUACAAAACAAGUUUUCCACGAAACGAAAACACAAUAUAAAGUUGGGGAUAGUGGAUUAAAUUCUCGAAUUGGGAGUAGUUAAAAUUAAAAAAAAGGUGUUAAAGUUGGAAAGGGUCGUUUUUGAAAUUUCAGAGUUUUUGGGUGAUAAAGUUGUGUAAAUGUGAAUAUUGAGGGAUCUGGCCUUGGUUUUAGAGCCGGACUGGUUUGCUAGGUAUUUUUAGUCAUUUUGAACUGGAGAGGGGAAGGAGGUAAAAAAUUUUGAAGUUUUUUAGUUAAGAGGGGUUAACCAAAUCCAACAUUUUUUUAAAAAAAUUUUUUUUAUCUUUUUUUAAAUUUUUUUACAAAAACUCCUGCCUAGUGGUACACUUUACACAACUUUACAACUCAAAAACGCUUAAAAUUUAUUCAUGGGAGGGCUUAAUUCCUCCCAAAAAAAGCAAAAAAUAAAAAAUUCUCAGAAAAAACGGCCCAAAAUGGGAGGUAAUAAUUAAUUUCAUCCGUUUCAGAAAUUCUUCCCCGCCACGGACAAGAGCAAGCUACAGGACCUGAAGAGCACGGUGGAUUUACUCACAUCUAUUACAUUCUUCCGAAUGAAAGUCCUCGAGCUGGCAAGUCCCCCGAGGGCGUCGACCGUCAUGCAGGGUUGUGUCAAGAGUUGCAUGGAAGUAAGUGAUUGUUUACUGUUUUAAGGGUUGAUGUUUAUUGCCUAAGGGUUAAUGGUUACUGUUUUUGAGAAACGGAUUUAAAUUUCGAAAUUUUAAAUUUUUUAAAAAUUUUUAAAAAAUAAAAAAAUUUUUUUUUUGAGAAAUGGUUCAUGAAAAAAACAUUAAAAACGAUUUUUGGGUUUAAAAACUUUAUAGAAAUGCACUUUUAUGUCUUUUCCAGUCAAUUUUUUGAAUUUUGAAAAAAUUUUAAAUUUUAAAAUUUUUUUGAAUUUAUGACUUUUUUUAGUGAUAGCUAAAUCUGUUUGAUGAUUUAUGAUAAUUUAUAUCGUAUUAUGCUCAAAACUCCAUCUUUUAUUUAAAACACAAUAUUUUACUUUGUAUUUCAGCCAACAUAUCAUGCUUUGUAUGAAAACUGUGCGACAGAAGCCGGGGACGAUAACAGUGUCAAGUUCUGGUUCGACUUCCUGGAUUACAUCAUGCGAGUGAUAGAGGAUGAUAAGAACAUCUACACUCCUGUGCUGAAUCAAUUCCCUCAGGAGUUGAAUGUGGGCAACAUAUCAGCGGCUUGUUUGUGGAAUCAGUACAAGAACGAUCUGCAGGGAAUGCUUAAAGGUACGAUAAUAUAAUAUUUUUUUAAUUGAAGAAAAGCAUUUUUUGUGAUAGAAAGGUUAAACUUUGAUUUUUUAUUUAAUGGUAUAUUAACCUUGAGAUUAAAAGGCUGUUUUUGCAUUUGGAUGCAGGCUGCAGAUACAGGGCGCAACUUGUGUGCAGCCUGCAGCUUUCAAUGUUUCUUUGAUGAUUAAUCUAACACUUUUAUAGUUAUAACUCAAGGUAUUAGAUUGUUUAAAUAAUUAUGUGCUUUUUAAAGAAAGUUUUUGUGGUUAGGGGCACAGAAUUAUUUGAAAAACUUAAAAGUUUGUAUUUUCAUAUCGUAUUUUAGAGUUUUUAAAAAUAUUUUGUUAUUCUAGAACACGCCGAGAACCCAGGCGCACGUCAGUCCAAGAACGGUGUUACAGAGUAUAUGAAUCUUUACUUCAAAGUCAAAGGAUUCUACUUCAAAUACAUUGCCGACCUACCUGAAUACAAGAAUUCUAUUCCAGAGUUUCCAGCGUAGGUUUCUUGAUAUUACUCUAGACUUUUUUGUAUUACACUUGGGGGUUUUUUUAUGUUAUUCUCUAGACUUAACUUUGUGUUUUACUCGAAAACGAUACUUUUGGAAAAACCGUCGCUUUUAUGCUUAUUCACACCUCCAAAACAAGCUUUGUUAUGUCUAUAACACAUCACCUUUCCUACUCAUACCUAUAAAAUAACACUCUUCUUUUUCAUACCUAAAAACCUCUCUUCAUACCUAUAAAACAAUACGUUUCAUACCUAAAACUCUCUUUUCAUACCUAAAAACCUCUCUUCAUACCUAUAAAACAAUACGUUUCAUACCUAAAACUCUCUUUUCAUACCUAAAGACCUGUUUGUUUUAGAUGGUUUGGCGGUUUUGUGAUGGAGUGGUUGGGAGAGAACGACGAGCAUUCCAUGGAUAUCUUGAGGAAUGCCUACCUUCUGGAUAAGGACAAUAACUUCCCUCAGACCUCAGAACAUACCAAGUUCAGUAACAGUGUAGUGGAUGUGUUUGCCAAGCUGAACCAGGCCCUAACAUUGCUCAAACAAAUGGACUGUCCCAAUCCUGAGGUGGCUGUAGACAUGAUGAAACGGUAGGUUUUUUAAUGUAAAAUACGAGAACUUUUUGGUACAAAGAUUACUGUAAGAUAAAAUACGUGGAAUAUUUGAUAUCAAGGUUAUCGUAAUGUAAAAUACGAAUAAUUCUUCGGUAAAAUGUUUAUUGUAAUUUAAACUACGAGAAAUAUCGGUACAACCCCUACUGUAAUUUAAAAUACGAGGUACCGAUUGUUUGCUUCCGACUGUAAUUUGUUGAGUUUGGGAAUUGAAAAAGGCAUGGUUAAUGUAGUUGGUUUAUGAUCGAUGGGUAGGAUAAACUGUGGAAUUUGUAAGUUAAAAGGCAUCGGUAGGGUAGAGUGGGUAAGUUAAGUUAGUACAGGGGAAGGAUGAAGUAGAGUAAAGUAGUGGUAGGAUAGGGCAGGGCAGGGCAGGGCAGGGUAGGGUUGGGUAGGGUAGGGUAGGGUAGGGUAAAGUAGGGUAGGGUAGGGUAAGGUAGGCUAGACUAAAGUAAUACAGUCUGCUCCAAAAUCCAUUACAAAAACGUAUAUUACCCAAACCCACCCAAAACCACAGUAAAUUGUUUGUGUUUACAGCGUAAAAUUAAUAAUUUACAAUGUAAAACCUGUUAAUACUUUAUAAGAGCGGAGUGAAAACAUUUUAUUCCCAUUAUUAAUUAUAAAUCAGCAUUAAAUAUUAUUUUUAAUUAUUGAAAAGUUGACAAUAAUCCACCUUGCAUGUGUAAUAUCACCUGUAAUUGCACGUAUCUUCAUGAUAUUGUUGUUUCAAAGCUAUUUUAAGGUAAAACUAGAAGUAGUACAUGAUAUUAAAUGUAGAUUAUGAGUGAAUUUUUGUUUGGAGAAGAACAAUUUAAUGUAAAAUACGUUGAGGGAUGUAGGAAACAGACAUUCAUUGGCCAUCAAAUUUUUGACAAGUUAAAAAAAUUUAUAAUUUUAGAUAACAUUUUAUAAUGAAAAGCUUAUGAAUAAUAUUGGUGGUACAAAGCGUAAGCUCAAAGCAUAAAGUAACGAAGCCAAAUAUACUUUAUGUUAUUUAUUAAAUCAAUCAUAUCUUUUUUUCUAGAUUCUCCACCACCUUGAACAAGGUCCUCCUAGCCUACGCCGACAUGGUCCAAAAAGACUUUAUCAAGUUCGUCGACUCGGAAAAACUAGCCUGUAUCCUCCUGAACAAUAUCCAACAACUUCGAGUCCAAUUGGAGAAGAUCUACAAAGAGAUGGGAGGUGAUGAUCUUGAUGAAGAGUCCAAACGUGUCCUCAACAAUCUUCAGAAGAAGCUGAACAGUGUGCUGGACAAACUGUCAUCUCAAUUUGUCACAACUCUGGAGCCUCACAUUCAAGAACAAACGGCCAAGCUAGGAGCUUUGUUAUCUAAAAUAAAGGGUACCCAAGUGGAGCCAAGCCAGCUGGGACCGGACGUGGACAUGGUACUAGUACCGUUGAUGGACUUGUUGGAAGGAUCGUUGCAGCGAUACGCUCAACAAUGUGAAAAGACCGUGCUGAAGUACAUCUUGAAGGAGUUGUGGAAGCUGACCAUCAUGAACAUGGAGAAAAUGGUGGUAUUGCCGACUAUGAGCGAUAAGGCGGUACGUUUUUGGAGUUUUUAGCUUAAAAUAGACAAAAAAAUAGCAGACUUGAGUUUGUUUUAGUAUAGUAUUCCAUAUGGUACUGUUUUAAAAAUGUACUGCUAUGUUAAAAGUCUUGUCGUUUUUACCCAUACAAAGCAAUGUAAUAAGACGACAAGACUUUUUCUGACACAAAACGGGUUGUUAUCAUUUCCAUGACUAUAAUUAUAUCUUACUGUAACAAAAUUCAACCACACUUACCUAAAACCUUACUUUUAGUUGAUAAAACAACUCCCCAAUGCCAAGAUCGGCGAUGUCACCAAGAUCAUGUCACAUGUAAAGGACGUAAAAGGCAUGAGCUCAGUAAAAGAAGUCAUGGAUAUAGCCAGAGACACAGAGCGAUCAUUAACACCAAAACAGUGUACAGUACUUGAUGCUGCCUUGGAUGCUAUUAAGGAAUGUUUCCAUGCUGGAGGGCAAGGAUUAAAGAAGACAUUCUUCGAAAAAUCACCAGAACUACAGUCCUUGAAAUAUGCUUUGUCAUUAUACACACAGACAACUGAACAACUGAUCAAGACGUUCAUCAGUACACAGAGGCAACAAGGUAGGGUUUGGAGGACUAAUGAUUAUUAUUAAAAGAGAGAUAGAGACAGGUUUUAGGGUAGGGAUAGAGGUAGAAGUAGAAGUAGUUCUAUGAUAGGGUAGGGUAGGGCAGGGUAAUGUAGGGUAGGAUAUGGCAGGGUAGGGUAAGGGUUGGGAAUGAUACGGUAAGGGCAGUGCAAAAAAAAUUUCAUUAAGAAGUAGUAUAUAAUUAAAAAUGUCUAUCCUACUAUACAAAAUCGUAUUUCAGACCAACCAUCCCAAGACCAACCGGUCGGAGAAAUCAGCGUCCAAGUCGAUUUGUUCUGUAACCCAACUACCGGAGAACAAAAAGUCACUGUCAAAAGUAGGUUCUUCAUUUCAAGCUUGUUUUCAUAUCCAGUUGAAUUUAUUUUAAGCAUCAAAUUUUAAAAAAUUAAAAUUUUGAAUUUUUUUAUAGAAUUUAACAAAAUUUUAAUUUUUUGUCUAAUUUUCAAAAGAAGUGAACGAAAUAAGUAAAAAUUUUAUAUUAUCUAUCUAAACAAGACUUGUAUUAAUGUUAAAACUUUAGUUAUUGCGGCAAACGACCUCCGAUGGCAGACCACAGGUGUCUUCAAGCCAUUCGUCGAAGUUCAUCUUGUUGGUCCUUAUCUCAACGACAAAAAACGAAAAUUCGCUACGAAAACCAAGAAUGGCAAAUGGGAUCCCAAAUUCAACGAAACUUUCGUUUUGUAAGUAAAAUACGACUUGGUUUUCAAGGGCUAAAUGUUGUACAAAGGGGUGAUUUACAAAAGGGUGUUGUACAAAGGAGCGAUAUUUUAAAGUGUAUAACAUACUAUAUAGCACGAAUACUAUAUUUUAGCCUAUAAUUUGAAAAAAAAAUGUUUGAUAAGCAUGUUCUUUAUGAUAAAAAAACAGUUAUUGGUUAUAUUAUCCAUGAUGACAGUCCAAACAUAAUUUUAAAAUUUCAGCUUGCUAGGCAAUGAAGGAGAACCAGAAAACUACGAAUUAAUGUUCCAAGUCAAGGAUUACUACGUGGUCAGAGAGGACAGAAUCGUUGGAGUUGGUGUGCUACAGCUCAGCCAAGUUGUUGCUGAAGGUAAUUUUUAAAAAAUAAAGGGAACCGGCGUAUUUUAUCUUUCUUUGAUCAAAUUUUGUCUUUUUAGUGACAAUAAUAGGUAGAAUAACAAAAAUAUUUAGCUUAAUGUAAUUUACUUUACUGUUCCUUGUUCUACCCCUAUAUCCUCCCUUACCGUACUCUCCUCUACUUCACCCUAUUGUACCCUACCUUACCUUAAUCUACCCUAUAGUACUGAGCCUUACCCUACCCUACCCUGCUCUAUCCUCCUUCUUACCUCUCCUAUUUUGCCAUUCGAAAAAAUUCCAAUCUGACUAUAUUAACCAUGCGUUUUUAGGUUCCCUAGCCCAAUGGGUACAACUCGGUCGUCAGUUAUACAUUGACGAAACCGGCCUCAUCCUCCUCCGAAUCCUCGGCCAACGCCAAAACGACGAAAUCGCCAAAGAAUUCUACAAACUGAAGACGGACAGUCGCUACGAAAGCGAAUCCGUCAUGACCAACUCGGCCUCGAGUCAACAGAUUCGCCAAUAG